GGCGGCGCCCGCCAGAGCCGGCUCUUGGCUGCUGCUCUUCCUCGGCCUCCCUCCUCCAUGGCGGGGCCCGGGGGCCUCCUGCUCCUGCCGCUGCUCCCCGGGCCGGACCCCCCCUGGCUUCCUCGGAGGCGGCGUUGCCGGCGGAGGCGGAGGAGGACCUGCUCCUGCGCUUGAUGCUGCUGCUGCUGCUGGUUCUGCUGUUGAUGUCCCCGGCGGCGGGAGGAGGAGGAGGAGGAUGCCGCUCGGCGGGGGGAGCCGCUCCCGCUCCCGCGCCCUGGCCGCCGCCGCGGGGCUGAUGCCCGGCGCCGGAGUGGGGCUGGGGCUGGGGCUGGGGGCGGGCGGGGCGCGGAGCCCCUCGGCCCUCUCGCGCCGCCUGGCCCGCCUCCGGGGCUCCCGCGCCCGCCUCAUGCUGGCCCUGGGCGGCGCCCAGAUGGCCCUGGGCUGCCUCAUCGUGGCCCUCAGCUUCGCCGCCCUCGCCCUCACCACCUCCGCCCGCGUCCGCCACUCCUGCCCCUUCUGGGCCGGGUUCUCCGUGCUGCUGUCGGGUCUGAUUGGCGUUGUGUCGUGGAAAAGGCCACUCUCCCUGGUGAUCACCUUUUUCAUGCUCUUGUCGGCCGUCUGCGUGAUGCUCAACUUGGCCGGCUCCAUCCUUUCCUGCCAGAACGCGCAGCUGGUGAACUCGUUGGAGGGGUGCCAACUGAUUAAAUUCGACAGCGACAGCGUCUGCGUCUGCUGCGAGUUGCAGCACCAGAACUCGGGUUGCAGCCUGGGUGAGAUGCUGAAGCUGAACCCCCUCCAGGAAUGCAACCGGGUCCGGCUGACCCUCAAGGACCUGCUGUUCAGCGUCUGCGCUCUCAACAUCAUCUCGACCAUUGUCUGCGCUUUGGCAACCGCCAUGUGCUGCAUGCAGAUGGUCUCCUCCGACGUCCUGCAAAUGUUUCUGCCCCAGAGAUCUCACUCGGCCAAUCCGGACUGCAUGACCCCGCACGGGACGAUCCUGCACCAGACCCUGGAUUUUGACGAAUUCAUUCCGCCAAUUCCGCCUCCGCCGUACUACCCGCCCGAGUACACCUGCACCCCUGUGAUCGAAGCACAAAGAGGGCUCCACUUGGACUUUUCUCACUCGCCCUUCAAUACUUUGUACGAAGUGUCCAUCAACAGCCCUGGAAUCCUUUAUCCGGCCGAAUUGCCUCCUCCUUACGAAGCGGUUAUUGGGCAGGCGACGGGAAACCAGGUCACCGUUAUGGAGCAGCAAGUGAUAGAAUCCAGCAUCUUAGAGAGGAACCCAACAACCGACUUCAGCAGCCAAGCCUUGUUGGACAGCCCUUCCCAGGCGGCCUCCGAAGCGGCCACUCUCCCCAACAGCCGCACUUACUCCUCGGGCGACCUGCGCGGACUGGAGCUCCCGGAGCCGUCCUUCUUCUCCGCAGACCUCUCGGCCUACACGACUCCCCGCAAAGGAGCCACAAACAGGAGCUGCUCCAGCCUGGACUGUGGCAUCUCUUGUGGGCUGCGCAGGACUCGCUCCCCGGACAACGAGGCCGGCAGUGGCCGGAGCCCGACGUGCGCAGACGGAGCCAACGACAAGGGUCGCGGGCGCCGCUCUCGCAGCCGGUCCUCGGACUGCUCCUCGGAGAACUUUGGUGCCGCCGAGAGGGACUGUCCGCGCUCGGUCCGCAAGGGCAAGGCCGCCACUCCGCCCAAGCUGCGCAAGAUCUGCUGCGGGGUCUUUGGGCCCACGACCCUGCCACCGCCUCCCCGUCGCUCCGUGCCCGUCAACACGCUGCCUCGCAGCUGCCCCGAGCGCAUGGCCCAGCAGCGCAGCCGGAGGGCCCGCCUGUCCAACAUCGUCCGGUCCACUAGUGACCCUUUGUCGUGUGCGUCUGCCGCAGAAAUUCCCGUCUCUAGUCCUCACGUGGGUGCCUCUACUUGCCAGGACGCCGGACACCAUCUCUUCCCGACCGGAAAGCCGAGGGACCCCCCGAAAUCGGGACAUUCCCGGAAGCCCAAGGCCUUACAGACCCUCUGCAAGGACCGGCCCCACUCUUUGGUGGACCUCCAGACCUACAAGGACACCAAGGUCCUGGUGGCCAAGUUCCUGGAGCACUCCAACUGUAACCUUCCCCCGGAGGUGCGUCACGUGGUGAACAGCAUCCGCUCCGUCAUCAAGUCCGACGAGAGACACAUGGAAGAAGCCAUCUUCAGUGCCAACGUCAUCGAUCAGGUGAUCACAAGCUCCCAGCAGAGUGUGGAUACCUCCCGAAAGCGGCUCCAGGAAGACCUCCACCUCCAGAGCUGUGGGGCGCUGAGCUCCCCGGUGGCCUUCCUCCGCAGGGCCCACGUCACCCGCACCUUGGAGCGCGGAAGGCCCCACAGCUUCAUCGGCGUCUGUCGAGAGACCGUCCUUUGACCCAAGUCUCGCUUCUGAGGACCACAGGCCCAUGGAGGAGACCUUGAAGGCCCAGAGCCACACGUGAAGAAGGUUCAGCCACCAAGGGAUGGAGGGACUGGGGCAGGAGAAAGAGGGAGAAGGGGCAGAAAAGGAUCCAACUGCUCACCAUCCGUCCCAACAAGUCUUCCUUUGAAGUCUCGGUCUGGAUCUUCAGUCCCAGAAGCCCCCUUGUCGUGAAUGCAUCUUCAUGCGACAACAUUUGUGGAAGGAAUUGGGAGUGGAACUAAAGUGGUUCCAGUUUGAAACGAGAAAACUUUGUCAAGUCUCUGUUUUCCUCCCAUGGUGAAGAAUGGAGAUUCUGAAAGACCCCAUAACCACUUGGGGUGGACGUCAUUUGCUGAGCUCCAACAGCAAACGCUACGGUGCAACUUAGAAGUUGUAUGUUCUUCGCCGUACCUCAAAAGUAUUUUAACGAAAGCUGAACAGUGUUUUAAUAACAAUGAUGGUCAUGAUAAUAAAACAAAAAUUCAGAAGGUCUCCCUGAACUUUGCAUCUUCCAGGACUGAUUCAUCCAUGGAUGGAUCUUCUGUUGCGGCAGAAGAAGUUUGGUUAUUAUUCUAUGUCAUAUCUGUUAUCAUUUUUUUUUACAUUGUCCCAACUCGAGUAAAAACAUUUCAAGUUGCUCAGAA